GACCUCUGCCACCCUGGGCCAGUGCUGGCGACCGCUGGGCCCCAGAGGCGCUGGAGGUCAGCCAGUUGCUGAACGUUUUGGUGUUCUGCGACAAGCAGCCGUCCGGGGAGCAUCGAAUUGGCUGGGCCUUGGCUGAGGGCCUGGGGCGGACGGCAGGCAGCUGGUCAUGCGGGGAGGGAACCCUGGACCUGGGCCGAAGCAAGGGGGGCGACAUCGACCCGCACCUCUUCCGCGACGCGGACGGCCGAACCUACCUUCUGUGGAAGACGGACGACAACCGCGUCGGCGCCAAAGUGACGCGGAUUUGGAUGCAGCAGUGCUCCGUGAAUGCCAGCGGUAUCGUUCUCUUGGGUCAGCCAGCGGUUGUGCUUGAUUCGACCGGGCUGUGGUGGGUAGACAGCUGGGUGUCAGGGGGCAGCUUGGUGGAGGGUCCCGAGAUGAUCCUGCGUGGAGGCUGGUACUUCCUCUUCUUUGCGGCCGGCAGGUUCUGCCAGGAGAGCUAUGCGGAGGGCGUCGCACGCUCAAAGGACAUCUGGGGUCCAUAUGAGAAGCUGCCCAUUCCUUUGCUCUCCACAGGCAUCGUGGGAUAUGAUGGACGGGAUCGAGUGAAGAUGGUCGGCCCUGGACAUGCUUCCUUCCCUCUGACAUCUGAUGGUGCCACCCUCAUCGUAUGGCACGCCAGUGCAGGGCACAACUGUCACCGGCGCGCCUACAUUGCAAGGCUGGAGUGGGAGGAGGUUGAUGGAGGCUGGCCCAGGGUGGACUUCCCCGACCCAGUGCACGUGCAAGACAGGCUUUGGCUGCAGUUGACGCCCUCGCCAUUCCAGGUCAAUGGCGCGGUGUCACUCGGAAUUCUGGGCCUUCUUCUUGCGACCGUUGGCCUCCGCGCCACCGUCGGCGUGCUGAAAAAUCUGGUCAUGAGAAGUGUGGGUGGCUGUAGGCACUGGACUAGAAGUCAAUGUAGCCGCCGGGCGGGUGCACGGCAGGUACUUGCAAUGCCGGUCAACUAUGCGUACUUUGCAGUCAUCGAGCAGGCCAUAACAGACGCUGCGGCCACCGCUGGCUUGCAGAUGUACCCAUCCCCGCAGAAGAAGUAUCUGGCCAGAUACAAAGAAGACGCCACAGCCGUCAAGACCGAAUUUCCGCCGAACACACGAGGGGUGCGGAUGCUGGUGGUGGGCUCCGGCAUGGGAACCUACGAGUUGAGGGCGCUGCCCAUGUUCCUUCGCAUCCCUCUUCCCCCCUUCGCUGUCCACGAGGUUGUUAGCGUGGAGGAUCAGGCCCACUUCUCCAAUGCAGGGAGCCAGCUCAUCCACCACGCCAUCGGCGACAAGCACUUCGACAUCCUCAGGCACCUCCCCCUGGUGCCCGCGAAGCGGACGCCGCUGACAGAGACCUUGGAGUCCCUCCAGGAGACUUAUGAGCUUCCGGACUUCGACCUCGUCGUGCUGUCAGGCGGCAACCGCGAGACGCAGACCACGCAGUUGGAGGCUUUGAUUAAGACGGGGGCGAUACACAAUGGCACCGUUGUGUCUGCCCAUGGGCCUGGGUCCCACCACGCUGCAACCGGCAGGUAUCUCUCAGAUCUGGGCAACCGAAGCUUCUCUACCCAGGUCCAUGAGCUCGAAGAUGGAUCUGCCGCGAUCCUCUCCACAUACCGUGUGCGUCGCCGGGAUGAGUUGUGA